AAUACCGAAGCGCUGGAGAUGCUGUGAGCAGAGUGAAAGCAUUGAUGUUUCGGCUGUGUUUUUCUUUUACAACAUGAUAUUUAGUCCAUGUAUCGACCAUCUCGACACGUGAACACAUGGUACGUCAUCGACAACAGUUAUAUAUCUGUUGUUUUUCUCGCAAGCUUCCUGAUUUGCACCGUUAGAUCAUCUCUCAGUGGUCCCUGUCAACCUCAUCAUCAUGGAGGGCCAGUAUGUCACCAUUCAUGGCCUCAACAUCACUCACAGCCCUCUUGGAGCACCGGCCAUGUCUAUCGACAAACUUUUCCCGGCUCUGCUGGAGUGCUUUGGCAUCAUCCUGUGUGGCUAUGUGGCGGGUCUCAGUGACAUCAUCAGCGUCGGACAGGUCAAAGGCCUGGGAAGUUUUGUGUCAUGUUUCGCACUUCCUGCGUUGCUCUUCAAGAACAUGGUGCAGCUGCAGUUUGAACAUGUCGUCUGGUCUUUUCUAUGGAGCAUUUUGAUCGCAAAAGUGUGUGUGUUCUUGCUAGUUUGUGUGCUGACGCUGUUGGUGGCAAAUCCUGAGAGCAAAUACAGUAAAGCUGGGCUGUUUGCUAUCUUUGCCACUCAGAGCAAUGACUUUGCACUGGGAUAUCCUAUAGUGGAUGCGCUGUACAGGACUUCGCACCCAGAGUAUAUGCAGUAUAUAUAUUUGGUGGCUCCUGUGUCUCUGAUGCUGCUGAACCCUGUGGGCUUUGCUUUGUGUGAGAUUCAGAGAUGGAGACACACCAAUGACCGCAACUACAGCAAACUGCAUGUGAUCUUUACAGUCAUACUGCAGGUUUUGAAGAACCCAAUAGUCUUCAUGGUUAUUGUUGGAAUUCUCUCUCAUUUCCUGUUUGGUGGACGUGUGCCUGUUUUGCUAGGAGAGUUUGUUGAUGGACUGGCAAACUCUUUUGGAGGGGCGGCACUCUUUUAUCUGGGCCUGAACAUGGUGGGACAGAUGGGUAAACUCACACGCAGCACUGGGGUUUCCCUCAUCCUGCUUAUCACUGCCAAACUACUAGUUAUGCCAUUGUUGUGUAAGGACAUGGUGGAGCUGUUGGAUGCUGGUAAUUCCAGCUCUGUAAAUCACUCCAGCCUGUCUGAUUAUGCUUUCCUUUAUGGAGUCUUCCCUACCGCUCCCAGUGUGGCCAUAUAUGCUGUCCAGUACAACAUGGAGCUGGAGGUGGUGACCUCUGGUAUGGCCAUUAGCACGUUCCUAUCAGCGCCCAUCAUGUAUGUGUCGGCAUGGUUACUGACCAUUCCGUGGAUGGAGGCCACAUCCCUGGUGACGGAGCUGCAGGACGUGAGCUUUAACAUCAGCAUUGUCAGCCUAAUAGCCCUGGGUUGGACCCUUGCUGUCAUGCUACUGAGUAAGAAGUUUAGGAGGCUGCCGCAUAUGUUUGCCACAAAUCUGUUCUUAGCACAGCUACUAGCGUGCGUGUCAAUGAUGUUGUGGAAGAUUUUUCUGAAGCAGGGGAACGUGUUUGGCCAAAUUCUCACCUUUACUCUGCUUUAUGGGUCUCUUUACAGUACCUACAUGUGGACAGGUCUUUUGGCGUUCGCUCUUACUUUAUUGGGCAGAAAUGAAAACUUGAAAGUGAAACCUAUCUUUUUCAUCAUCUUUGGUUGGGGAGUUCCUUUUCUGAUUGUGGGUGGGCUACUCAUGGUAGGACAAAGAAUGAGUGACAACUUGGACUCCGCAUUCUUUUAUGGCAAGGGGCAGAUUGUGUGUACUGUGGUAGUUCUGGGUUGCAGCAUCAUGUUGGGUGGUCUGUCUUUGAUGGGUUUGAGCCGAGGGGCCCAGGAGGAGCAGAACUAUCAAGCCCUAGAUCAAAACUCCAUGACAGGCACAUCAGAAGAUGUGAGACAAGCCCAGACAGAGAACCAGCACUCAUCUGAGCUCGAGCAAACCUACAGCAGCCUUAACACAGAUGUUUGUUGUAGUGAACCCAUGCCAGAUAUGAUAGUUGGGCAUCUUAACGACUCGCCAGUGCCUUCAGCAGGGAUUUCCCUGAGAGAGGCGUCAAGCUCUUCACGUGUGCAGGAGGAGAGACAGAUAGCUCGACAUGUGCUCCUCUGCCUGCUCCUCGUUGUCAGCAUGCUGGCUAACCUGUCCAGCUGUCUGUGGUGGUUGUUCAGUGCUGAUCCAGGACGACUUUACCUCGAACUGCAGUUCUUUUGUGCUGUAGCCAAUUAUGGACAGGGUUUUAUUUCCUUUGCAAUUUUUGGGUUGGAUGAGCAUCUUAUUAUUCUUCCAUUCAAAAAGCGGCUGGCCGCUCUGUGUGGUUUUGGUGAGGAUGAAAGCCUUGAGUCUGCUGCUGUUCCUGAGGAAAUACGACUGACCUGUACACAGUUUGUGAGAUACCACAAAGAUCAGUGUGUUCAGGAUAUUGUUCGCAAUAGAGGUGCUUCUUCUGAAUCUCUCACCGGACCAGUUGGUGAAUCCUUUCUUUGAUUGACAGGUGUACUCACUGGUAUAUGAGUAUGGUUUGGUAUACUGGCAGUAAGUUCAUUGGCUCCUGUGUGUGGGCGUGGCUAAAGAUAGAAAGGUGUGGCCUUGCUUUCAGGACACAGCUGCAGAAGAACGGUGUCUUACUCCAUGUGACCCAUCUGUAUGGCUUCCAACUCCCUGUGGUAUUGCUUCAAAUGUACCUCCACUUUGUAAUGUGAUACGAGCCCAAGCAAGAACUCAUCAGUUUUUGUUGUACUUCUUGAAUUACUAUGCAUGGCAUGCAAAGAGCACAGAACUCUCCCUUUAUCUCAUUCAACAGCCCUCAAAUUACACACACUUGCUCUGUUCCAAAACCUAGUUUUUAAAACAUUUUAAGGCAUCAUAGGCAUGCUUCUGACACAAAGGCUGUUUUGAAAGGUGAGAAACGUGGUUAUGCUGCUUCCUAAGAUUCCUAAUUUUAGCCCAAUUUUAAGGCAGCAUAGCAUGUAUCCUUUGUGGAAAGGCAAUCCCAGAAUACACUGAUACAAUCUUGAGUGAAAAUAAGUCCAAGAUGGUGGAUGAGGCGAAUUAAAAAUGUGUUAUUUUAUCUUGUAUUCACGUGCGCUAUGUAUUUAUGGGUAUUAUUCUUAUAUAUGCUGAUGUUGAACACUGUUUAAAUCUAUUGCAAGUUGAGUCUUCUAUGCAGUACCCUAUUGGUAUGGUGCACAGAGUUGCUGUGUUUUUUAAUUAGUCACUUAGGGGUUUCAAGACGACAGGGAUGCUGCCUUAGAAGAUUUUGGAACAGAGUAUGUGACACAUUUGUAGACCUCUGAAUGUGAACUAAUUAUAAUUACAUUAAUUAUGAUGAAAUUGUUACUGAAAAGCUGAAAUAUGCUGUCUACACAAGUGCUGUAAAAACACUUCCGACUGGGAUUUUAAUUGUAUGCAUUGUGUUACUUGUGAGCCUUGUCUUGAUGACAAGACUAUAUGGCCUUGUAGCAAAGCAAUACAAGACAUGUUUACAAACCUGAAAAUUAUCCUACACAGUUACAUUUUUAGAGCUAACUAAGCAGAAAUAUAGAACAAUCUCUGGAAUUUACAGUGGGGUCGCUCCAUUUUCUACAGCACUAUUUUAUGUACCGUCAUGUUGACUGAAGUGUGAAAAUUCCCUAAUUAAGCAUCUUUUAUCUAUGGAAUAUGUUUUGCUGGUGUUAAUCUAUAUACUGUAGGUGAUGUCAUUUAUGUUUCUAUGACUAAGUAUAUCAUACAUUUAUAUCUAGAUAUGUGAAAUGACAUUAUAAUUCAGGAGGGCAGUUACUGGUGAAAAGUUACUGUUUAUUCUUU